AUAAACAAAAUUAACAAACAAAAUUUAAUAUUGGCGCAGUAAACCGAGACAGCUGAUUCACUAUCGAUAAAUUCUCUUCUUGUCAUCGUCGAAAACAGCUGAGCAACAACAACGGAAUCGGAACAACUGCAAUUACAUCACAAAUACAAUAUUUUCGAAAGCGACCGGCAUUUUAUUAACAAACUCAAGCUGUUUGAUUAAUUUACCCCGUGCGAACGCAACGGGAAGGACUUCUGGAAUUAACUGAAGUAUGAGUGAUUAUCAUUACUUCGAUGUGCAAUUGAAACUUCGAGAUCCAGAAUCUGUCGUACUGACGCCCGCAUAUUUUCGUGGCUGCAUUUUAAACUCAUUGGAAAGCUUUUUUGGCGAUAUUGGCGGCCAAACCACUGUGGACAUUGUCAAGUUUAGUGUACAACAACGUCGCGUCAUAUUCCGUGUUCCUGAAGACUUUUACGAGCGUACUCGUGUGGCUACCACUCUGAUUGGCCAUUAUCAGGAAGUACCGUGUCAUUUUCAAGUACUUGAAUCGUCGAAAUCUCUUCUUGAUUUUGAUAAAGAGCUAGGAGAAGUAGUAUCCAAAAACCAAUCAGAUUAAUUUAAUUUAAAUACGCAAUGUCAUUUUGUAAAGUUUUUGGCAAAGACAAAGUGAUCUUUGCCACCAAGGAGGAUCAUGCUGUGCCCAGUAAAAUUGAGCUUCCACCACCCGAACAGCCCCAAGGACUGAUUACAAAAGAUGGCGACAUUAACUGGAGUUGUCCCUGUUUGGGUGGAAUGCCAACAGGACCAUGUGGAGUUGAUUUCCGUGAAGCCUUUUCUUGUUUCCACUAUAGUGAGGCAGAUCCAAAAGGGUCCGAUUGCUAUGAGGCAUUCCGUAAGAUGCAAGAUUGCUUCCAACAAUAUCCAACGAUAUACAACAAGAACUCUGGCGAUGAUGAUGAUGACGAUGCAUUGGGCAAUGUAAUGAAUGCCGAAAAUGCGGCAAAUGGUGAGGGCGCAGUGGGUGGCAAGGAGACGGACCAACUGGAGGUUGCAUCCAGUUCUGUCGUAUCCAAAGCAGAUUAAAAAGAGUACAACCAAUUCCUAAAUGUUAAGAAUGUAAAUGUUAUCUGGAUUUAGCGCAAGCUUUUGCCAAUCAAUAAAUAUAAUAUUUUAGACAGAGA